AUGGAUGAUGACGGGUGCUUCAGAGUUACAUGCUGUUUCAGGGCUCCUGAGACCCCGCAAGCCUUCUCACCAGAGAAGGCAAGGCGGUUUCUGAAGGACAUGCUUGCUGCCAGCGAGGCUCUGACAGAUGGCAUGGAUAGCGAGUCUCGUUGGGCGAGAUUGGCGCCAGUCGCGAGCGAAGCUCAAGUAGCUACAGAUCCAGAAUCCAUCCGGAGGGCUAUUGGAUCCGCGCUGCAAGCGAUCCCUGGUGAGUGGGCUUUAAUUGCAAAAUCUGUGAAGCUGCUGCAGUUUGGGCUUGGUGCCAGCUUGCCGAGUCUUCCGGAAUUCCUGGAAAGGCACAAGCUGGGAUCAGCAAGCACGGGUAGUGAUGCCAUGAACUUCCACUGCGGGCAACGAGUGCAAGGCAGCCGGCAAGGAGAUGGGCGUAGGUCCAAGCAGCUGCCCAGCAAAGAGGAGGUGUUCCUUCGUCCUCUCGGCGAGGUAAUGCCGCUCUUCACCAAGCCACACAGCAGCUUGACAUUCUAUUCCAACCUGGAGGAGGUGGCACAAGAGUGGGAUCGAGGCGCAAACAUUUUGCCAGUCUUCGCCGUGUGUCUCGCAUCUGCAGCUUGUGCCGCGCCAGAGGCCGAAGCUGAUUGGAAGCAGCUGGAAGAGACCCUCUUACCCGUGCUGGAGGCGAGCAUCUUUCAGCUGAUGCCCGCGGCCAGAUCGCACAAGCCACUUUGCAUUGCCGACUUCGCAGCCGCCGCGACAGCAGCCGCCAGCGAGGCCACCGGAAGUGCGCCAUGGAGGAGACUGGGAGCGGACUCCUUCAGGCGAAGUGACUUCUGGCUGGCAGCUCACUACUACACAAGGUGGAUGGUGGAUGUGGGCGAGCAUCCUGAGCAGGCCGUGGCCCUGUCCAACCGAGCUGCAUGUUUUGCCAAGGUGGGUGAUUUUUUGGGAUCUCUUGAAGACGCCCGAGCUGCCAAGGCUCUUCGACCUGAUUGGGGGAGGACUUGGGCAAGAGUCGGGUUUGCCGCCCAGAACCUCGGGCAGGACUACUUGGAGGAGGCAUUUCACGCCUACCGACAAGCGGUCGAGCUUGACCCUUCUCGGGACAAUCUCCAGGGAUUGGCCCAAGUCGCAAUGGAGUUCUUCUCAGGCAAACAGCCGGAGGAGUACGCCCAUGGCAAUACAUCCUGGGGCUCCAAGAACUUCGGUCAGGCAGUCGCGGGCUACACCAUAGCGCUGGCCACGCAUCCAGCUAAACUACCGAUUGCAGAGAUGGAGGCCUUCGCAAGAAAGGAAGAGGAGCUCCGGGAUGCGGAGAGCCGCAUCAAUGCCGAGGAGAGCUUCCGGGAAGCUACAAGGAAAGUCCAGCAGGCCACGUCUUCUGAGGACGUUUUUGGCUUGGCGGCGCUGUACGCAAACAGGGCUGCAUCGCUUUGCCACAUGAGGUUCUGGGAUGCGGCUGUACAAGAUGCGCAGAUGGCCACCCAGUUGCAGCGCGAAUGGCCCAAGGCCAGAUGCCGCCUCGGUGUGGCUCUUCUGGGGGCUGGUCGGCCGGAGGAUGCCUACGUCCAGUUUGCUUGGGCUUUGGCAUUGGAUAGCCACAGCGCUGUGGCUAGGCAAGGGCUGGAGGCCUGCCUGACGGCAAUCCCUAAAUGGAGGCACCGAAGGGCAGAGCAACGCCUUCGAUUGGAGAAAGACCGUGUUCGUCCAAGAGCCUCGACAAAGGUCUGGGUUCUCUCGGACUUGCACUUCGACACCAAGAGCAAUGCAGAGUGGUGCAAUGCCCUGGACGAUGCGAAGUUCCAGGACGACGUCCUGAUCGUUGCUGGCAAUGUUGCCGAAACGCUACAAAGCAUCAUCCGGGGACUGAAGGUUCUAAGGUCGAAGUUCCGCCGUCUUUUCUAUGUGCCGGGCAACCGAGAUCUUGCUCUCAACGCGAGCGAGGUGCGAACGGCUCGAUUCCCGGAUUCCAUUGCCAAGUUGCUGGGCUUGUUGGGGGCGUGUGACCAAAUUGGGGUGGACAUGUUUCCUGCAGCCGUCUGCCAGGACGUCUAUGUGGUGCCGCUCUACUCCUGGUACAAUGCUGAGUUUGACAAGAAAAGCCGUCCAGAUCCCAACCACGGCUUCGAUUCUCAGUGUGUUUGGCCGCUCGAUCCCAACCAGCUGUGGAAGUGGAUGCUGAAGCUGAAUGAGGCCUUCCUUGCAGGGCCUUUACCCGGCACUGUCCUGACAUUCUCCCAUUUCGUCCCACUGACUACGCUGCCUUUCGACGGACAAGGCAAGCAGGCUCAAGCUAUGGGCUGUGAAGAGAUCGAGGACCAGUUGCGACGCGUGCGAAGUGCUGCUCACGCGUAUGGCCAUUCCUCCAUCCGAACAUCUCAGGUUCACGGUGGCGUCGCCUUCGUAAACCAAGCUGUGGGCUUGUUGGAGGACAGCGAGGUGGAGCUUUCUCCGCGUCUUCUUUUCGAUGGACAGGUGGUGUGA